ACGGCCCCUCGGCGAGGGAGCCGGGACAUUAGGCAGCUCCAUGUAGGUACACGCUUAGGUCAGGAGGAUCCACCAUGAAGAAGGGCAAGAGGAAGAAGUCAGAAACCAGGCGCCGGGGCUCCACCUCCCAGCGCGCCAGCUCCGAAUCCACCCCCCAGCAGCAGAGCUCGGAGUCCAGUUCCCAGCAGCCCGUCUCCGGAUCCAGCCCGCGGCCACCCAGCCCCAAGCCCACCGCACAGCUGCCCAACCCGGGGUCGGCCACCCAGGCGCCCAACCCAGCGCCCGCCCCACCGCCCCCCAGCCCGGGGCCCACCACACAGCGGCCCAGCUCGGGGAGCACCUCACAGCACAGCAGCAACUCCACCCCCCCGAAGUCUGCACCCCGAGCCCUCCCAGCUCCAGAAGUCAGCCACAGCCACUCGGCUCGGGACAUCGUGUCUCCAGACCCCAACCCCAAAGCAUCCUCUCGGUCCAGGAAAGCAGCAGGGCCUCUGGUUCGAGUGGGCCCGCGCGCAUUCUGUUCCUGUUCCGUUUGCCCUGGCAGUUCUGCUUGCUGGCGCCGUCUGGGCCUCUGCCACAGCCGCAUCUUUGAUGUCCUUCUGCCUCGGGCCUGGCCGACCAUGUCAGGGAGAGGAUUCCCAAACCUCCUCACCUUUUACAGAAGACCUUCAAGAAAACAUUCCACUCAUCGUAAUUCGCGUGCUCCGAGCCCUCGGAACUGUUGCUGUGGCUCUGGGAGCCCUAGGAGCUGCCUACUACAUCCUUGAAUCUUUGUGAACAAGUCCCCAGGCCCGCAGUCCGGCAGAAACUGGAACAUUCAUCUUUAACUUACCCAUGUUAUUGAUCUCAAGCCUGCCUACCACCACCUGCAUGCUACCUCCUACUUGUGAACUGUCUGUCCCUCAGUCACAUCAUUUUUCCAGUCACGGAAGCUAUUCAUUCAUGCAUUCAUCUAUCAGGUACACUUAAUGAGCACCAGGAUAUUGCAG